AUGGCGCCGGCAUUGACAGUACCUCUAUUCGAAGAACAAAAGGAGAUUUCAAAGUUCCCUAGUAAUGCAUUAAGUCGAGAAUAUGCAGAGUCGCUUGAUAGCGCCGAUCCACUGCGCUCUUUUCGAGAUAAGUUCAUUAUUCCAUCGAAGUCGAACCUGAAAACUACGAAACUAGCGAAGCCGGGCCUUUCGCAAGACCAGUGUAUUUAUUUCUGCGGAAACUCACUUGGUCUACAGCCCCGCGCUACAGCAAAGUAUCUCGAGGCCCAUCUCGAUACCUGGUCAUCAAUCGGUGUUUGCGGACAUUUCAGGGACUUGGAAGACUCGCCAUUGAAGCAAUGGCAGUUACUGGCCGAGCAGGCUGCUGAAGACAUGUCCAAGAUUGUCGGCGCAGCCCCGGAAGAGGUUGCUGCUAUGGGAACCUUGACCUCGAAUCUGCAUCUUUUGCUGGCCAGUUUUUAUACUCCUACCCAGACCAAACACAAGAUUCUGCUAGAUUGGAAGGCCUUUCCGAGUGAUCAUUAUGCUAUUGAAUCCCAGAUUAAAUGGCAUGGUGGGAACCCGGACGAGUCGAUGGUUCUGAUCAGUCCGGACGAGGGCGAAUAUGUCAUUUCGACGGAAAAGAUUCUAUCGAUUAUUGACGAGCACGCUUCCGAGGCUGCAAUGCUUUUGCUUCCCGGGAUUCAGUAUUACAGUGGCCAGUUCUUUGACAUUCCGACAAUCACAGCCUACGCCCAGUCCCGUGGUCUAGUGGUAGGCUGGGAUCUCGCUCAUGCUUAUGGAAAUGUUGAAGUGAAGCUGCACGACUGGAAUGUCGAUUUUGCUGUCUGGUGCACGUAUAAGUAUGGAAAUGCAGGGCCGGGAGCAAUUGGUGGCUUGUUCGUUCAUGACCGUCACGGUGCUGUCGACUACAGUCAAGGAGAAGAUAAGCCAGUGUAUCGAAACCGUCUGAGUGGUUGGUAUGGCGGAGAUCGAUCAGUGAGGUUCAAGAUGGAUAACAAGUUUAAACCUAUUCCCGGCGCCGGAGGAUUUCAGGUGUCAAAUCCGUCAGCUGUGGAUUUGGCUUCGUUAUGCUCUGCAUUGUCGGUCUUCAAUGACACUUCGAUUCAGCAAAUAAGAGCCAAGUCGCUCCGCAUCACAGCAUAUCUCGAGCAUUUAUUGCUGGCCGGGACUACCGAAGAAUCGCGGCAAUAUCGCAUCAUCACACCAUCAGAUCCUAAUUCCCGAGGGGCACAGCUAAGUCUGCUUCUCAAACCUGGGCUUCUUGACCGGGUUUCUCAACGGUUGGAAGAUGCCGGUAUCAUCUGUGAUAAGAGACAACCGGACGUCGUCCGUGCAGCGCCUGCACCGUUAUAUAAUACUUUUACUGAAGUUUGGGAAUUUGUGAACGAGCUGAAAGCGGCGGUCCAGGAUUAG